GUGCCCUAACACGUGUGAGCGCGUGGCGGCGAUGUAAGUUAAAAUAUUCUUUUCCUAAAAUGAUGAUGGCUAGACACUUAUUUUGUUUAUUGUCUAAAACGGACAAACUGAGGUACCACUUAAUCUGCGGUUCUUCCGUUGGCUCGUCUGUACACGUGAUGAGAUCAUGUCUGUCUAUGAAGUGUUCUCAGGAGAGGAACAUUCUUCUCAUGGGUCCUCCUGGGGCUGGGAAGACAUCGGUGGGACAGAUUUUGUCUCACAGACUCAGGAAGCCUGUAAUUGAUAUAGACAAUGAUGUUCUGGAGAAGACAUGGGGAAUGACUGUAGCAGAGAAGCUGGCGGAAGUUGGAGGUGACCGUUUUAUCGAUGAAGAAGGCCAAGCUGUGUGCAACUUCUCCGCUUCUGGAUGUCUGAUCUCGCUGACGGGUUCGAACCCGCUUCACUCGGACACCAUGAGACACCUGAAACGUUCAGGAAUCGCUCUCUACCUGGACGUGGACACUAUGGAUAUUAUGGAGAGACUGUGCAGAAUGAAGGUGAACAGAAUUGUAGGUCAGGGUCCUGGAGUCUCCAUGAGGGAGAUCUUAGCAUACCGGAAGCAGUUUUAUGAGAGGUGGAUGGAUGCAAGAGUGUUUUGUGGAAGGGGGGACACUAUAGAGGAAGUGGCGGAGAAAGUUGUCAGAGUUCUAGAGAAAUAUAGGAACUCUGAAUUAGACACCUAUGUCUCCACCAGGGGCCAUAUUUCAGUGUCAAGUGGUGAGCCGAAGUUUUUCAGCGAUGUUGUCGUGGAGGGUUUAGCUUCUGAUGGUGGCCUUUAUGUACCUAAUAAAGGAUUCCCAAAACUGGAACCUUCCGAAUGGUUACGAUUAGCCGAUAUGUCUUAUCCCGAGCGUGCUUUGGUCAUACUUGAGAAAUACAUACAUCCACUGGAUAUCGCUCCUACAGAACUCUGCUCGAUGGUUAACCGAGCCUAUGGGCAGAACUUUGCCAGUAAAUCAGUGGCACCUGUUAAGCAUCUUGCUGAGGAUCAGUACAUUCUGGAGCUCUUCCAUGGACCCACUGCUUCCUUUAAAGACCUGGCACUACAAUUGAUGCCACAGCUCCUUGCUCACUGCCUUCCACAGAUGUGUAACUACUUGAUCCUUGUUGCCACCUCUGGCGACACAGGAAGUGCAGUACUUAGUGGGUUCAGCAACCUCCGAGAAAGCGACAGGCAUCGUAUUGGUGUGCUGGUGUUUUUCCCUGAGCGAGGCGUUAGUGUCAUACAGAAACUGCAGAUGACUGGUUUCACACAGGGCAACACCAGGUCUGUCGGCGUGUUCUCUGACUUUGACUUCUGCCAGAGGACCAUCAAGGAGAUAUUUGGUGACUCAAGGCUGGCUGGCUACUUUGCGGUGGAGUAUGCUACUGUUCUUAGCACGGCUAACUCCAUAAACUGGGCGCGUCUGCUUCCGCAAGUGGUCUACCAUGCCUCUGCGUACCUGGACCUCCUCAGAGAUGGUGUGGUGAAAUUUGGGCAACCGAUUGAUGUGUGCAUCCCUACUGGAAACUUUGGAAAUGCCAUGUCUGCUGUGUAUGCUAAACAAAUGGGUGUGCCAAUAAGGAACAUCAUUUGUGCCUCUAAUCAUAACCGCAUAAUUUCUGAUUUUAUCUCCACUGGUCAGUAUGAUCUCAGAGGCAGAAAGCUCAUGCUGUCAAAUUCUCCUGCUAUUGACAUUCUUAAGUCUUCCAAUCUGGAGCGAUUUUUGCAUUAUGCAUCCAGCGGGGAUGGUCAACUUGUCCAGAACUUGUUUGUAAGCCUUGAGAAAGAGCAGCACUUUACUGUGUCUGAGGAUUUCUUACAGACGAUACGGCAGGACGUUCAAGCAGGGUGGUGCUCAGAGGAUGACUGCCUGAAUACUAUUCAGGAAGUACACUCAAAAACUGGCUACAUAAUGGACACUCACACUGCCGUGGCGAAAGCUGUGGCUGACCAGCUGCAUGAUAAGAGGUGUCCAGUUGUUCUAUGCUCCACUGCACAUUUCGGGAAGUUUGCUCCAGCUGUUCUUAAAGCUCUACGCUGUCCUGAGAUACCGCUUGAGCCUCUGGAGCAGCUGGAUGCAUUGUGUGCUAUUGCAGGCCAAGAGCUAAUGCAUGAAACUCUGUAUGAGAGCAUAAGGGAGAGAGCAAGUCAUCCAUAUACUGUAUGCCAGCCUGAUUUCAGGGUUCUAACAGAUGAGGUGGAAUCCAUGGUCCAGGACUCCUUUAUGAAGGUCAGGUAGUACAUUAGGGCUCUAAACACACAGGGACAGGAAGACAUCGCUGUAACAUGUGAUCACGUUUGGCUGAAGUCGAAGAAGAAAAAUUAAAGCCAUAAGAAAAAAAUGGAAAUUUAUAUGUUAACAAACUGCCAGCAAAAUUACAGUUAGUUCAAAAUAUACACCAAUCAAUCAACAAAGAAAUGUAGUUUCCAAUUUUACGACUUUAACAAAAUCACUUGGUAUAUAUCAUAAUGUCCUGAAUAUCAAAGGAGAAUGUACAUGAGAUCCAUAUUGUGACAUCACCAUCUGAAUAUUAUACAGUACCUGUAGUGUAGACUUGAGAAGAUCGUCAUAGGACCGGAGAGAUAAAAGAUGACUCAUUAACACCGCUAGUUUACUUCAGAUUGUUCAUUCUGUACACGUCCCCUAGAUGGCAGUGUCGCUCUGGGAACAGACCGACAUCAACCUGAGAAAGAUUCUCAUAUCAUGACACAGAGCCUUGGAGUUUCACAGUUCCUACUUAUCUAUAUAAUGAUGCAGCAUCUUUUUCCCAAUGAAAUUGAAUUGAUUUUAAUUUAUUUCAAUAAUUAAUUACAUAAUUAAGCUGGAACGUGUUGGACAUUUAGAUCAAACCUCAGUCUGAUAGGAAUUCUCUCUGAAACUCUGUGUACAUCUUAUAAGCUUACGGUGUGAGUUAAAUCUGACACGUUGGUGAUGGAAAAGUAAAAGAAUCAGUAAAAACGGGGUCUGAAAAACGGCACUGAGCUUUUCAUGAAUAUACACAGCGACCUUUUACACCAAAUGUACUUAAGACAUGCUUUUGUGUGUUAUGUGGUUAACAAGAAAUGGGCGUCUGUAGUCCCUGGUUGAAAUGCCAUCGUAGAAACUAAAGAGCUAAAUAAUAAAACCUAGACUGAAAUUUUUAUAUUGCUUCAUUUAUUUUUGAUUAUAUUCCACAGACCAGAGAA